GGCAUCUCCGGCUCGCGGCUGGUCAUCAGCUCUUUCUUAGAACAGAACCGCAGCCCAGCUCAGUGAAGGUCCAAACCGAGCCCGGGCAGACGUUCAUGCCGAAUGGUGUUACAUUUUCCAACAAUGACCAUCCUGGAGGCCAGUGAGCUGCACACUUAUGGCCCUGAUCUGCCUGCUGUGUUUGAUGGCGUGAAGCUUGCAGCAGUGGCUGCCAUCCUCUAUGUUAUUGUCCGCUGUUUGAACCUGAAGAGUCCUACCACACCGCCACAGAUCGUCUACCAGGACACGCCGCUCAGCCGCUAUGUCCUAAAGUCCUGUCCAACACUGACCAGAGAGUACAUUCCUCCGUUGCUGUGGGGGAAGAGCGGUCAUCUCCAGACAGCUCUGUACGGCAAAAUGGGGCGAGUAAACACCCCGACACCCUGCGGCGUCCGCAAGUUCAUCCCAAUGCCGGACGGAGCCACAGCAACCUUUGACCUGUUUGAACCCGGCAAAAGCCACAGCACAGAAGAUGACAUUACCAUGGUAAUCUGCCCCGGGAUUGGUAACCAUAGCGGGCAGAACUACAUCCGGACCUUUGUGGAUUACUCCCAGAGGAACGGUUACCGCUGCGCUGUCCUCAACCACCUGGGAGCCCUGCCUAAUGUGGAGCUCACCUCGCCCCGCAUGUUCACCUACGGGUGCACGUGGGAGUUUGGGGCCAUGGUGGGCUACAUCAGACGCUCCUUUCCCCAGACACAGCUCGUGGUUGUGGGCUUCAGCCUUGGAGGAAACAUCGUCUGCAAGUUCCUGGGAGAAAACCGAUCCAAUCAGGAUGGAGUUCUGUGCUGCAUCAGCAUCUGCCAGGGAUACAGCGCCCUCAGGGCUCAGGAAACUUUCCUCCAGUGGGAUCAGUGUCGCAGGCUGUACAACUUUGUGCUGGCAGACAAAAUGAAGAAGCUUAUCCUCGCUCACAGGAAGAGUUUCUUGAGCAUGGCGUCCAGCAGGAUUGACGCUGCAGACCUGAACAGACUCCUUACAGCCACGUCUCUCAUGCAGAUUGACGACACCAUCAUGAGGAAAUUCCACAGCCACAGCUCCUUAAGGGAGUACUAUGAAAAGGAGAGUUGUGUCCACUACAUCCACAAGGUCCACGUUCCACUCCUCCUGAUCAACUCCAUGGACGACCCGUUAGUUCACCAUUCACUUCUGGCUGUUCCACACACACUCGCAGAGAAGCUGCCCAAUGUGGUUUUUGCCCUGACGCAGCACGGAGGCCACAUGGGUUUCUUUGAAGGAGCCGUCCUCUUCCCGGAGCCUCUCUCCUGGAUGGACAAGGUCAUAGUGGAGUAUUCGGACUCUAUCUGCCACUGGAGAAAACACAGCUGCUCUAGCAGAACAUCAUCCACGAGUACAUGAAAUCCUCCUCCUCAGAGAUCAGCUGGUUUUCAUCCUGAGGAAUUCACCAAACCCGUUCUGGCCCAAACAAAGAAGGAGUGACAAGAAAAAGAUUUCUGUGAAGAUUGUUCUGUCUUUUUUGUUUUGGUUUGUGUUUCAGCUGCAGGCCUAUGUCGUUGUAUCUUUUCUUUAUUGUUCUCUGUAAAAAAAACAUCUUGUCAGAAUUUUCUGAAAAAGCUCAAAGUCAGCGUGCAGCAGCUUGACUGCUAACGUCUUCAUGUGCAAUAAGUACUAACUCUCUAUGUCUCCUGCACUUUAUUCUUCUUGAAGAAGCACUAGUUUAUAACUGAAAUCCUUUUCCAUGAUCCUAUUGGCGUUUUAUUCUGAGAGCAAUGCAUAAAUAAAGUUUUCUUACUUCAA